CAUGAGUACGACAAUCUGGUGGUGGUGGCGCUGGCAACGCUGAAGGGCGGCCUCUUGUUUACAUCGCUCCCAGGCCGCAGCCAUGAAGCUCCAGCUGUGUAACUUCAGCGGCUACAAAAUCCAGCCCGGCCAUGGGAAGACUAUGGUCAGGACGGACGGGAAGGUGUAUGUGUUCAUGAGUGCGAAAUGUGAACGUGCUCAUAUGAUGAAGAGGAACCCACGUGAGGUGCGCUGGACCAUCCUGUACAGGCGCAAGCACAAGAAGGGUAUGGAGGAGGAGACGACCAAGAAGAGGACUCGCCGCACCCAGAAGUACCAGCGCGCCAUUGUGGGGGCCUCCCUUAUAGACAUCAUGACCAAGAGGAACAUGAAGCCUGAGGUGCGCAAGGCUCAGAGGGAGCAGGCAAUCAGAGCUGCCAAGGAGAAGAACAAGGCAGCCAAGGCCAGCAAGAAGGCAAAUGCCCCCCAGUCCUCCAAGUCCAAGAAGGCCACCCAAAAGGCUCCCAAGAUGCCCCGCGCAGGAAGGCCCGGGCACGGAGGUCAUGGAGGUCGCCGUUAAAGAAAAAAAUAAAGAUGUACUGUAGGGU